CCGCCGCGUUCCCUCUCUGACGUCACCGCCGUCUGAUCAUCCGAAAUCCCUGAUAACGCGAUGCGCGCUCCCGCUCGGCUCUGAAUGGGGGGCUCAGUCCAGCUUGUGACAGCGAGUCCAGUAGUAUAACCGGAGACGCCACGGUCCCGCUCAGCCAGUCAGGUCCGCUGCUCUCAGACGCGCCGGUUGGUUCCACGCGCCCCGCUCUCUCCGGUAGUCCACACUCAUUCAGGUAGUCCGCUCGUGCACUGACAGUCCAACUAGUUCGGUUCAGUGUCCCGACUCUUCUCUUGUCAGCCCGGGAAGUUCGAGUACUGACGGGCGGAGCUGUCUCUGUCUGUCCAGGAAUGAGAGAUGAUGGCCGGCUCUACAGCAGAGGAAAAAACCUUCCGACGGUUCCUGGAGCUCUUUCUCCGGGAGAUGAGAAUGCCUCUGCAGGAGAGCGACCCGCCGCCGAUGCGCCCCUUGUCGGACCUGGUGAUUGAGGAAGAGGUGGAGGGGGAAUGCCUCGACCUGUGUCUCCAGCACCUCUACAAAUAUAACUGCCCGUGCUCCUUGGCUGCAGCCCUUGCCAGAGCCACAGCAGACAGCCUCCUGCAGACUGACCUCUCCAUCCACCACCUCAAUAAGACCGUAGAAGAUGGAGCUGACCCAUUACCACAGAUGGAGUCUGUAAAGCUGGCCCGACUGGUGUUCAACAGACUGUUUGAGAUGUGCUGCCUCUGGCUGAAGGAGCUUCCUUUUCGCCGCCGUCCACAGCCGUACUACGAAACCUCCAUCCAUGCCAUCAAGAACAUGAGGCGCAAAAUGGAGGACAAACACGUCAUCAUCCCUGACUUCAACACGCUCUUCAACAUUCAGGAUCAGGAGGAACAGGCUUACUUUGCUGUGUUUGACGGUCACGGCGGUGUGGACGCUGCCAUUUUCGCUGCCAACCACCUCCAUGUCAACUUAGUCCAUCAGGAAUCAUUCGGCCAGGAUCCCAUCGAGGCGCUCUGCAGAGCCUUCAAAGCCACGGACGAACAAUUUGUUAAGAAGGCUUCACGAGAGCACCUGCGUUGCGGCACGACAGGCGUGGUGACGUUCCUGCGAGGUCAGACUUUGUAUGUGGCCUGGCUGGGAGACUCCCAGGUCAUUCUGGUCAGAAAAGGACAGGUCGUGGAGCUGAUGAAACCACAUAAACCAGACAGAGAGGAUGAGAAGCAGAGGAUCGAGGCUCUGGGAGGCUGUGUGAUCUGGUUUGGCACAUGGAGGGUUAACGGCAGUCUGUCUGUAUCCAGAGCAAUAGGUGACUCGGAGCAUAAGCCCUACAUCUGUGGUGAUGCAGACCAUGGUAUCUUCCCAUUGGAUGGUACAGAGGACUACCUGAUUCUGGCCUGUGAUGGCUUCUGGGAUACCGUGGGUCCAGACGAGGCGGUGCGGGUGGUCAGCGACCACCUCCAGGAGAACUCCGGAGACACCACCAUGGUAGCCCACAAGCUGGUGGCCUCAGCCCGUGACGCAGGCUCUAGUGAUAAUAUCACAGUCAUAGUGGUCUUCUUGCGGGACCCACGCACCCCACCACCCACUGGUACAGAGGACGAGGAGGAGGGUGUUGUAGAGGGAGAGGUGGAAGAGGAGGAGGAGGAGGUAGCAGAGGUGGAGGAGGAGGAACAGGAAGAGGAGGAUGAGGAGGAAGAAGAGGCAGUCAGAGUAGAGCGUGAUGGUGGUGAGGGAGGCAGCACUGCGGACAUCGGGGGGAAGGGUCGCGGAGGUUGGCCCCUGCAGCAGUGCUCAGCCCCUGCCGAUCUCAGCUACGAAGACCGAACAGACUCGCUCACAGACAGAACUAGCCUCAGCCUGCUGGGGCCGUCGCUGGAGGGCCGCAUCACCCUGACCGGGGGCUCACAGCAGCCCUUCUCCAACUUUAGUCCCGACCUCUUCACAGCCUCCCACAUCUAUCGAGAAGAACGCCCACUGAGGCGCAGGUCCUGUAUCCCCUUUCAGGAGGCCAGCAUCUCUAGCUUCACGGACCCACUGUGGCCCCAGACAGCCGUGCUGUUAGGCCAGGCAGUGAGGCGAAGCCGCAGGCUUGGUUAUGGUAGUCGCCGAUGGGGCCGAAGGAGGCCAGGCGCAUCCAAGGAGCUGCUAGGCCUGUUACCCUCUGGCCACUUGCUGCCGCACAUGCAGCGCCACUCCAACCAGAGGCCUGGAGUGGCAGUGCCUCACCUGCCCCACAAUUCCACCAUCUGAAGAGGUGACCCAAACCAAACCAUCUCCUUCAUUUAUUCAGUCCUGCCCCUCAGCCCACCCACCUCUGCCUUCAACAUGUCUUUCUUUGAUAGUAGGUAGUUGUGGCUCCUGCAGUCGUUACGUGAUUAUUGAAACUCUGUUGGAGGAGUGGUGCUCUCUGUCCUAAGCCGAAAUGUCUCCAAAUGUAAGCCAGCCCACUAAACACAAGCCCUGCUCCUCAGUGCUGUAGGUAAAGCGCAAAACUGCAUCCUCUCCAUUGUGACCACUGAUCAGUCAUCAUGAAGCCAGAGCUGCAGGCUGAUGAGAUGUGUUCAGACUGAAUGUAAAAUGAAUCUGCACAGUGCAAGACACAGUUAAUUGUUGGCAGUGCAAAAAACAGAAACACCUGGAGUUCCAGCCAUAUUUUGAUUAAAUAGCCAGGACAGUGUAUUGUUAACUCGCUAGACUAGACCACAAAAAGCACCAAAAGAAGCAAAAGUUCGCUUGCAUUCAGUCUGAACACAAAUUUAAUUUACGUGCUUGGUUGCUCCACAUUCUGGCCAGCAUCUUUAGACUAAAAUUAUGUAUUUUGGACAGAAAGAAAAAGCCUUCUAGGUGAAAAUUAGUCUCUUUCAGGUUAAUGGAAGGAAUAAAUUUGAUCUCAUCACUUGUCAAGCUUGCAGAGGAAGUAAGAAUAUACACUACUUGGCCAAAAUUAUAGGGACACUUAAACAUUACACCUUUAUAUGGUAGCUGAACAUGUCAUUCCAAACCCAUAGGCAUAAAUGCGCUCUUAUAACAGUCUCCACACUUCUUUGAAGUCUAUCCUCUAGACCGAUACAGGAUUUAUUGGAUUUUUUUUUUCUUCUUUUAAAUAUAAACAAAACUUACAGGACACAUUCUUGAUGAGGAUUGCUUAAAAUAUGGUUAAUGAAGAACUGCAAUAAAGUAUGGUGGCCCUUAGGAUCAAAAUGCAACAUUUCAGAAAACACGACAUUUUACAAAACCAACCCAGUCUCACUCCGAAGUCAUUGAAAUCCAGUGCUUGGGCAGCGACUUGUGCCAUCGGACACAGAUGAAAAAAGCUGUCCUUAAAUGUUGGCAUGAUACGCGGCCGGUCGACGUUACAGUUUAACAGCACCUGAUGGCAUCGGGGGAAAUGUGACGAGACAAGAACGAAAGUUAAGGUGGCCAAGGUCCAAGUGGGGCGGGUGGGAGUGGCUGAUGGAUCCAAGAAACGCCGAACUUCACCCGGGAGAGCGGUGUUCGCGUUCCGUAAGAUUAUAAAGCCAAACCCUGUUCUUUUUUCCUAAACCUAACCAAGUGCUUUUGUUGUUGAAGGAAAAAAACCGUCAAUUCACGGUGUUGUACCAACAUAGCGCUUCUAUUUUAAAGAAACUGAAGGUAAAUGGUAAAGUUCCUAAGAAAACAGAAGUGUAUUUUGAAAACAGACAAUGCAUGUAACAGGCUGAAGUUGACACGCCGUCCCAGAACGUCAGCAACCAACACACCCAGGGUACCUUGGACGUCAUAUGUGGACGUGGAAAGUCCAUGACCAAACGUCAAUAUGUGACGAGGUCGGAGUGAGAGUGUGUUGACAAAACACAACAUUUCACAAAACACUACUGACGGCACGAAAUGUUGUAGUGUAUUGACCCUCAGGGUCACCAUAAUAAAGACAUGUAUUGGGUUAUUAUUUUUUUGCUACUUACUGGAUGUUGAACAAAGAAUAAAAUGAUAUAUGCGCCACUACAAACAUUAGCCAAUAAUAUUGUCAAUGCCGAUGAAUCGGUCAUGCUCUAGGUGAAAAGGGAACAAGCCUUUUUAUUUCCCUAACUUAAAAGGCAGUUAAAACGCAGAGACCAAAACAUUGAAAAACAGCCCUAAACCAAAAGUACACCAAAUAAUUUGAUGUUAAUCAUUUCCUGUGAGAUGAUGAGUGAGAUGACACAUCUUUUGUUUUGAGACUGCUGUCCAGAAUGUCGAGCGACCGAACAUUAAAAUAAACUCUAAUGGCGGAGUUUACCUUUUUGUCAGCAAUCCUUUGGUGGCAGAUGAAUGCAGUUCAUAGGCACUGAAGGCACAUGCUGUUCCUUCCCCUUCCCAUACAGUCAGUGACCCAGCCAUUAUCCAGCCACAAUUUGUCUACAGAUAAAAGCACUUAACAACGGAUUAUAAAAGAUUAGCAGUCACUUACCUGAAUAAAUGCUCCAUGUAGUCCAGUAUUCCAGAUGGGGAUAUACUCCUGAGAUCAUAUUUUUUUUCUUUCAUGAUGGAGGAGAAGGGUAUAUUUUAUGUCAUAGUUGUUGGGCCACAUAGCUGUUGCAAAUAUUCCAAGUGUAUUUACUUUUACACAAAAACCCAUCCAAGAGAAGUAUUUUACAGCAGGUUUGAUAAGUGCAAACCAUUUAAUGUCGGGCCAGGACAGUUGAAACCUGCAGAACACGUGCCUUCCAUAUGCGUUACUAAAGCCUACUUCCCUACUACACAUAUAUAUUUACUAAUUACUGAAUUUGUUAACAAUUCAGGACAAAUCUGGCUUUCACUUGGGUUGUAGUUUGACUCUGUGCCACUUUAAAGGCAGGGUCAAAAGGUUUGACAUUUUGGGAAAUAGUCUGAUUUGCUUUCUUGCCAAGAAUCAGAUGAGAAGAUUGAUACACUCUCAUAUCUGCACACUAAAUAUGAAGCCACAGCCAGCAGCUGAUUAGCUUAGCUUAGCAUAAAGAGUGGAAGCAAAGGGGAACAGUUAGCUUUACCUUCUAGGACCAGUUGCACAAAGCACCUUUAGUUUACUCCUUACGUAUGACACUUAAGGUUUAGUUUUUCCUUAGCUGAGGAAAUAACUUAAGGGUGUUGCACAGAAUCUCUUAAAAGGUUUCCUUAGUCAAGGAAAGGCGUUCAGGCAUUUACUGCACUGAAAGAGAUUUUACAACAGUGAAAUUCUGCUGUUUCCAUGGAAAUUUGUUUGCUUGAACAGGCGCUUGUGAUAACUAUCGCUUCCUGUUGUCGCACCUAAGUAGCGUCUCCAAAGUCAGCCUGAUAUUAAAAAAUAUGGCAGAAGAUAAGAAGACAAAAAACAAAAUGGCGGGAGGAAGAAAAAUCAGACUUCUAGAGGAGUUCAUUAAAAGAAAAAACAAACUGAAAAAUAAAUCUGAUCCAAAAAUAACAGCCAACAUGAAGCGACAAAUGUAGGAGGCAACGUUUGGACGGGAACUUCACCACACUGUUCGCCGAAGGGUGAGGGCGUUUGAAACCCAGCGAGUGACAUGGCAUACUGUCGACUUGUGUAUGUGAAAUACCUCGCCAAUGACUGAUUGAAAAGAUCCUUUUGCAUUAAAACCAUAGGGCAAUCAUUAGUUGCCUGAUCUCACUCCGAAGUCGUCGAAAUCCAGUGCUUGGGCAGUGACUUGCGGCCUCAGAAACCAAUGAAAAAAGGCGUCCUUUAACGUUGGCAUGAUAGGCGGCUGGUUGCCGUUAUAGUUUGACGGUGCCCAGCAGCAUCAGGGAUGAAAGUUAAGGCGGUGAAAGUCAGACUGGGGCAGGUGGGUCCAACAAACACCAACUUUCACCUGUGAGAGCAGUGUUCGCGUCCUGUAGGAUUCUAAAGCCAAACCUUCUUCUUUUUACCUCAACCCAACCAUGCGACAUAGUGCGUUUAUUUUGAAAGAAACUGUAUGUAAACGUUAAAUUUCCUGUGAAAACUGAAAUGUGUUUUAAAAACCAACUAACCAGCUGCUGGCUACAUAGUAGCUGCACAUGUAGCGUACAGACAUGAGAGAGGAACCAACCUUCCCAUCAGCAAAGUGAAUAUUUCCCAAAAUGCCCUUUUAGAUCCAAAAUCCUUUGGAUAACAUGAAGAGAAUCUGCACGUUAGAGAGCAUAGUUUUCUAUCUGUAAUCUAUACAGUCGUGGUGCUGAUGGCCCCUCCGGCUCUGCAACAAUACUACGCAGCAAACAUCCCAGUCAUCACCUUCUACAAGAUAGCCGGGCUCCUGUGGCCCCAUGUCGCCUUUAAUAAUUGGAUCUUUCUCUGAUCUGAUCUAGAUUCAACAACGGAGAGCCCCCUCUGUGCCGUCUAACACGCUGCUGACAGCGCUGCACUUCAGUUAUGUUAGCAAGUCUUUAUGCCACCUUUCAUAAGACUGAACUUGUCCAUGAGACCUGAAUGCCAGUUUCAACAUUCAUUGGUUUCAUAUAUCUGACGCCAAUAUGGUAGCGUUCCUCUUUAAUGCUAACUCAUAAUCAUAAUUAACAAAUGUAAUCUAAUACUAAUUUGUAUGAUAAAGUAUGACAGCACCCAGUUAACUUGGAGAGACUGAUCUGUGGAAAGACGUCUGUCACUUUGCUUUAAAUGUGUAGCUUUUGUUUUCAAAUACACACAAUAGCAUUACUGUAUCUAACCAUACUUAUUGACUAUAAACUAGCUGUAACACACACUUGCUAUGAAACUAUUAAAUGAUAGGUAAACCUUGACCCACGUUCCCCCGAGUUACUAACUCUGACUAUAAUUUUCAAAGUACUAAAAUGGUUUGGUUGCCUACUAAAUAUUUAGUUUGUUGUGGGAGCAAAUGACUGUUCGCUAAGCCUCACCCCCGCUUAGUUACUGGUGUUACAGCUGUCAGGCUCUCCGUUCUCGCAUGAUAAAUAUGCAGAUUUAGCUACCACUUGAAAUUGGUAGUAAUUUUGUUAAACAAUAAGUCCUUGAUUUCACUUAAGCUUCUCAUUUCUGGUCGCCAACUAGGUAGCAUACUUUUAUUGUAGCUUUUACCUCAUUAGAAUGCUCAUCUUACAGAAAAACAUACUUGGACAAGCAACACAAACAGUGUGUCUCUAAUCGCAAACUUACGUUAGUACACUUCAAUGUAGUACACCAUGUACACUACGUACUUCUUGUGUGGUGCACUUAUUUCAACAGGGUAGUGUUGUCUCAAACUGCGCACUAACGUAUUGCACUUACUGGAAGUGACGACGGCUUUUUUUUAAAACUGCCUUUUCAUCUUCAUUAUCUUUUUAUUUUGAAUUGGCGAAUUGCAAAUGUAUGGUGGUGCAUUAUUGCCAACAUCUCACCACUAUCUCCAUCAAACCGUACACAUUUCUCUUGUGUUUUGGAGUUAGGAAAGGCUACAAAAGAACCUUGAAACUCAACAUACCAACUAUGUGGAAUCAUCCAAAGUUUGACAGCCUUCCAUGCCUAUGUACAGUUGAUAUGUAAGCUUUGAUUGGACAGUUGCUGUUUGAGGGUGGGUUUUACCGAACAGUCAUUUUGGACACAUUAAUUAUUCCCUAACAUUCCCUAACAUCGUCACUCCCCACUCUUAAGUUGAUGCAGUUAAUUUCUAAAGGUCAGGAUGUUAGUGAUGACCAGGUUCUGUAAAUCGUGCCUCCACUCUCCUGGCCCCGUCACACAUGAAAGGUGUGAUAUGAGAACACCCGAUUCACCAGACAAACAGGUACUGGUUUGAGGGCCAUCACCUCCUCUUUCAGUCGUAUUAGUGAACGGGGGACUCUCUCUCCCGCGAACCAUCCCAUGGACUGACUAGUGAAGAGCAUCAGUGGAGCAGAAUGUACCUCAUGUGUCCCAGAAUGUCCUCAGAGACUUGGUGAAGUGUGUCGACAUGACUUGGUGUUUUUUUGGGGAGAAGAUUCGUCUCUCCAAAAGGCAUCUUAGCUAUGAGGAAUGUACUAUUGAGACACUCAACAAACUAAAGCCACUGGAUCCCUUUUGUGGUCGAUACCCGAAGAUGAUCAACGGAAAUCACAGUCAUUUCGAAUAUUCAUGUAGGCGUAUGUAUAUUAUGAGUAUUAACUGUGAGGCAAGCGAGUGCUGGAGGAGUGUACAUAUAAUAAUUCUGUCUUGUAAAUCAGUAAUUUUAAUCCAUGCUCCACCAGGCCCGAUGGUAGGGUCAGAUGUUGGAUCUAGGUCCCAAAAUCUCCCGCCACCAGGCUGAGGUGGAGGUAAGGGUGUGAUGUAACUGAACAGCCUGAGAGGGGCAUCAGUUCAUAAACACUGCCGCUGCCUUCGAGAGCUGCUAAAGUAUUUAAAAGGUGUUGAACCAGUCUGGCUUUCACUGGAGAAUUGUAGUGUACUAUCGUGGCCUAGCUGCUGUUUGUCCCUGCUUUCUUACCCUGACAUGAAUAAAAAAAAAACAGGGACAUAAAGAUGUUAAUUAUUGGCUUGAAAUACUGUAUUUCCAAUCUGCAGCUUAGAUUUUAAAACAUUUUUAUCAGUACCAGCCUUAUAAAAACAUCUUGCCAAUCAAAUUACGUCAGUAGUUUGUAGGUUUUCAUUCCAACUCUGCAGGUGUUAGAUGAUUAGCAUGGUGUUGAUUAGAGACGAGGAACACGAGUGAACGGAGCUGCUGUGGUGUUAGGAUUUAAUAGUUUCACUGUGUUGCAAGUCUUUUAGAUAACAGUAGAGUAGAUCUUUUACAUGGAUCACACAGGGCAGUAAACUCUAGAGAAGCAGAGCUGCCACAGUUUGUCUCAGGAUCUUGUUAUAACGACAAAGUGUUUUUGUUUCAGGGGGAAUGGACCCUGUAACUCCUAAUAAUCAGAAAGAAUUCAAGAGAAUAAACAGGCUUAUCCCUGCCAACAUCACCUCUUCAAAGCCUGAUGUCAAAACUACCGAUGCUGACCUUAGACUAAGGGUGCUUUCGGACUUGCCCUGUUUGGUUCAAUCAAACUUGUUUGCCCACUAAGUGCAGUUCGUUUGGGCAGGUGUGAACACAGCAAUUGCACUCAAGUGCACACCAAAACAACCGGUCAGAGACCUUCUUGAAGAGGUGGUCUCGGUCUGGUUCCAAACUUUUCUCGUCUUGACAUUCCAACAAAAUCAAACAUGUUUAAUAUUACCGUAAUUUUUUUAGUAUGGGCUUUUCCAAAUCGACAAGAAUACUGUUGACAUAUGACACCUUUUAUCUUGUGUUUCUAGAGUUACGUGUUUUUGCAGACAUGUAAGAAAUUGUCAUAUAUAUCACAUUUCUUAAAGGGAGUUUGGCAUAAUAUUUUACACCAAUAACAGGAUGGAAAGUAAUCUCAAAAAUGAAUCUAGUUGUCGUCUUGCAAAUAGUGACCCUGCAAGAUCAUCAGUCUUUGCAAAAUCUUACGGUCUGUGACCAAAAACUGACAUUCGGUUCUUCUCAAAGUCAAAGACACUCCCUUGGUAGGACGGGUCCUUUCAAGUCAGGUCCUAUGGAGGUUAGGUGAGACUCCUUCCUAGCAUUCGGUGAACACACACUGGAAUAUGCUAGCAAGUGCUCAGGUAUGUGUUAUUGAAGAGGCCCUGCCUUCAGUUCCACCAAAUCAUGCUCAAGAGUUGUGGGUACUUCAUGCCUGCUGACGAUACACACAUGCAUCUUUGAGAAUUCUCUGAUGGAAGGACUCGGUCCACGCUAGAAUUCAAAGGAUCCUUGACUUUGGAAUAGUCCUUCUGCGAGAUAUGAUGAUGUAGCCUCUUUGAAGUAUAGCUGUUUAAGGGGCCCACAUGCCAAGUUUUUUUGCACUCUCGACUUCAUUGUUUUUGAUGUAGAUGCACUGCAGGUGCACUCAAACACCAGAGUGACGGCAUGAUAAACUGGCUUCAACUUUUGGAAUGCAGCAGUGCACUCUGCAUGUCAUGUGACAAGGACCAAGUAAUCAUAGCUGGCAGACAUCUUUGCCUUCAUCCUUUAAUAUCAGUCUGUGAUAAAUAAGGAGGAGAAGUUAAGUAUUUUAGUCCAGGGCUGCCAGAGUUUUUCAUCUGCCCCACGAACAGCAGGCUUACACACAAAGAGCGCCUCAAAGAGGAACAGCUCUGCACUCAGGAUUUCAGGUAAAUAAGCUAUGACAAGGUGCUGGUUAAGGUUGCCUAGCAAUCUCAGACGCAACCUGCCGCCAUGCUCUGGAAAGGCACAAGAGUAGCACCCAACGCCUGACCUCAUGUCUUUCAGGUGGUUAGAAACGCUGCAUGUGUAUGGCCCAGAAGGUGGGCAUUAUUGAAGACAUGGCAAAUUGUGCGCAAAGAGUUGUGGGUACCUCAUGCAGGCUGAGGAUACACACAUGCAUCCUUGAGAAUUCUCCAAAGGACAAACUCUGUCCUCUGUAGAACCUGAAGGAUGCUUGACUUUGGAGCAGACCUUAGGCAGAAUUCAAUGAUGUAGCCUCCUAAAAAUUCAGCCGUUGAAGGAUCCUUCCUUGACUUUGAGAAGCAUCAACCUUUAAAUAUGAGAGGGUGUCAGACUUUAGUCCUUUAAAAGGUCAUAUUUCAAAGUUUUUGGGUAUGGUGGGCUUUAGUCCCCAAAGAUGUGCCCAAGAUAUUUUUUCCAAUCAAGGUAAAAUGAGCGGCACACGUAAUAUGCACCAUGGUUACCAUAUUAGUUUAGCACAUUAGCAUGCUAACAUUUGCUACCACUUCAUGCUGCCACUGUCCUAUCAACAGAAAAAAUAAUCUCAAAAAAUAUCUCUGGGUACAAACCGCUCUCAUCUUACAAGAUGCUUUGUCAUUGUAACAAGAUACUCAGUCUUUAUAAGUCUUUAUAACACGAUCUUAAAAUGAGACGAUGACAUUCUAACAAGAUGAAUUUGAAGACCACAGACGCGUCUUUUUGUGAAUGGUUGCAGAUCAUUGGAUCACGUUAUAGCUUGUGUCCACACCUCAAAGCAGCUGUGCAGUAGUUUUCUGUCCCCUGUGAUUCACCAAUGUAGUUUCACAGCAGGUCUGCAGUGUUGAUGUGAACUCUCUCUGCGCUCUGGAGGGAAAGAUGUACUACAACAGUGCUCAGUGACAACGCUCCAUGGGUUGCAUUCACCAAAAACCUUGUGAAUCAGUUACACAGUGUUACUCAUCGUAAUUUGCAAUCCGCCAGAAGUUGUCACCAUAUGAGCAAUAAAAACAUCACUCCUUGUGGUAAAUCCUCUACCUAAAACUCGAGAGCCCCACACUUCCUCCCUCACUCACGCUCUGCUUGCACUAAAGGUUCCUCUGAGUCGGAUGUUUCCCUUCCCUGGUGAUGAUGAAAGCAAGCAGAAGUUCAGCUCUGCUCUCCCAUAAUAAUCACUGUCUAACUAUAGGGCCCCUCCAUGAAUCUGCACUGUGUGUCUACACACACACACACACACACACACACACACACACACACACA